AUGCAGUUAACCAUAAAUCUAAAUCACGUGUCAAAAGUUUUGGGAUGGUUUUUAUCCUCAGGUCAUAUUAAAUUGGCGGAGAAAAAGGGUUUAUCAAUAGAUUUUCUUUGGUAUAAUGUAUAUGGGUUUGCAUGUUAUUCGGUAUUCAAUCUCUCAUUUUUCAUAUCGGAAAAAAUUCGACAAGAGUAUCGCGACCAUAAUGAUGGAAAAGAUAACCUUGUUCAAAUGAACGAUGUGGUCUUUGCUUUACAUGCAUUACUAUUGAGUUCGAUAACUUUACUUCAAACAUACUUCUACAAGAGGGAUGCAAAUCAGAAAGUAUCCUCCGUAGCACUUUCAGUUAUAUUGGCAUCUACUUUUGGAGCAAUCUUAUUGUUUGCAGGCGUACUAUCAGGAAUAAAUCAAUGGAUCGAUCUUCUAUAUUUUAUAAGUUAUAUUAAAUUAGGCCUUAGUUUUAUUAAAUAUGUACCUCAGUUAUAUUUGAAUUUCGAAAGAAAAUCCACGAUCGGAUGGAGUAUUCACAAUAUUAUUUUAGAUUUCACCGGUGGUAUGUUGUCGAUCGUUCAAUUGGCACUAGAUGCUUAUGCCACAAAUAAUUGGAACGGAAUAUUGGGAUACCCCGUAAAGCUAGGCCUUGGUUUUCUUAGCAUGACAUUUGACAUACUAUUCAUGACUCAACAUUACAUACUAUAUCGAACAAGUGGUGAUCGCAAGUGUUAUAGUAAAAGUAUUGAUUGCAUUGAUGAUGUUGAUAUUGUGGAAGAGGAAGAUGUGCAGAAUA